GCGCGCGCCUGCGCCAGGGCGGCGGAUUCGAACGUCGGAGGGCGGUUGGGCGGGAGCUGUUGGGCCCCUGCUCGGCGGCGGCACCGGCAGCAGCAGCAGCAGCAGCAGCAAGAGGAGGAUGAAGUGCGUGGCGCCCCGCGGCACUUUGCGGAAAAUAAUAAAGAAGCACAAGGCUCAGUUACGCCUGGCGGCUAACGCCGACCUGCUGGUGCAUUUGAGCUUCUUACUGUUUCUCCAUCGGCUAUCAGAAGAAGCCAGGACAAAUGCUUUUCAAAACAAAAGUAAAAUAAUUAAAACUGAGCACACUAUAGCUGCAGCAAAGGUUAUUUUAAAGAAAAGCAGAGGCUAGAAAACAGACCACUGGAAUUUCAAAGCAUGUUUUUCUGUUUUCUUACUAACGUGAGAUCCUGUGAGCCCGCUUUUGCACUUGUGGAAGAAUUUAGUUUUAUUGAUAUCUGUCUCCUGAUUCUAUCUUGCUGUUUCUUUUAAAAAAUACAUUUAAGAAUCUUACAAUGUAUAUUUUCAUACACUUCAUGCAUAAUUUAAAAAUGUGUGUCACUUGUCGUUUAAGACUUUUCAUGUACCUUAUGUCUUCCAUAAUAAUGGGGGAACACUUAUAAUCACUCUUCAGGUACGAUGUGUCAUUUAUUAUUAGAAGUAUGAAACUUUUAAAAGGAGAACUGUAAUAAAAAUGCAGAUUUCACUAAAUACAUUAUAGGUUAUGCAAUUCAAAGCAGAUUUACUAGCUAAACAAAAUCUUGGUUUUCAAAACAAGUGGUGUAGAAAUUAGUGUAUUAAAUAUCUUGGUUUCAAUUUAUUUAUAAAUGUCUUAAUAUGUUUUUAAAUGGCACUAUAAAGUGGGAUAAAACUUAUGUGUUCUGGGGAAAGAAUACAUGUUUUGUAUUUCUCAGUCAUGCAUUGAACUGUUAAGAUGGCUUAUUGUUUGAUGUGGUAUGAGAAGUUGGUGGUCUCUAAUUCAGUUGGUGUGGACAGAUGCACAUUAUGGAAAAGAAAAGAUCUGGCACAACUGAUGUUUUUUGAAGUUAGAUCUUGUACAAAUAGUGAAGAUAAGUUGGCAUGAGUGCCAAUAAACUUCCUCUUCCAUUUUGAGUGGCAUAUUAACUUGUCAGAAGUCCGGAAAUAAAGAUAUAAAAAUACCUUUUAAAAAUAAUAUUCUAUUUUUAGACUGUUGCUAACACUUAUUAAAUCUUUUAAUAAAGGUAUAGUUGAAGCUCACAGUUUGAGCUGAUAAUACAUUUUUGUGGAAUAUGUGGUAUCUGAUCCUUCAUAAGCACAGUGAACUUUUAUUAAAAUAAAGAAUUUUUAAAAACAUUA